ACAGAACGGGUUUGACCGCCGGCCAGACGAGACCGAUUUCCCAUUCGCGUCGAGACUUUGAUAGCGUGGACUUCUUAUCGUCGCGACCACUCGAAGAUGUGGCCAGUGUCAUAAAUCUCGAGGCAGUGAUACCGAUUGGUGGUCGAAAUUCCAAAGCCCCAGUCCCCAGUUGUAACGCGAUCGCCGUGGAGCGCAGACAUGUCGGUGUCCUGGUCGAAGACUUUCGUGGCUCUCACCGUCGCCUGGCUGAGCACCCUGUGCCUGCUGCCCGUGGCCACCUUCUGCGACACCUCCUACUACGAGAAGUACUAUGCGGCCCGUCGCUAUGUGCCCCUCAAGCGUAAUGCCCCGCUGCUCUUCAACUUCACCCUAACCCUGCCGGAUGCAGAGCAACUGGCCUCCUUUGAGCGACCCGCCCUGGUGGGCAACCUGCCGGGAUUGGGCUCUUGGCAGGCGGGUCAGGCGGUGCUCCUAAAUCGCACGGCCGCCCAUAAUGUGUGGACGGGCUCCGUGGAGAUCCCGCAAAACAGCAGCGUGGAGUAUCGCUACUUUGCCGCCACCGUUGGCCAGCAUGGAGCCGUGCAAAUCCGCCGCUGGGAGUCGCAUGUCCAGGCCAGGACCUUCAACACCACCAAGUUCCAUGGCAAUCGCAGCGAUGAAUUUGGACUGAUUGGCGGGGAGCGCAGGUUGUCGCGUGGUUGGCUCCAGGACUCGGGCAGCAUACUGCAACUGAAGGUGUUCCACCAGGCUCUUAGUUUGGAGGAGCAGCCUGCGGAUGAGGGUCGUGGAAAGUUGCGCCUGCGUUUGCAGCCCGUGGAUCCAAAGACCCUGUCGCCCAUCCUCAGUUCCGCACGUGCCAGUGUAGAGUACGUGCGAAUGUCCUAUGGGGACAGUAAACUUCGGGUGCCGCCGGAGUACGGGGUGCCCUACGCCUCCGGCGACAUCCUCAUGUUCCAUGUGAGUCUGGAGCAGUUGGACCGAGUGGCCUACGUGGUGGAAGUUUAUGCCGAGGAGGCAGAGGAGGGCCUGGUCCGCCUGCUGGGCUACUCGCACCUGCAGCCCACCUCCUUCUCCGGCAGUGAGGGUAAGGUCUCCGUGGACCUCAUCUCGCCGCUCUGGCAGCGCGUGGUGGGCAGUCUGCAGCUGGAGUACCUUCUCAUCCGUCCCAUGGAGAAGGAUGGCUUCGAUCUGCGCACCAGCUUUGCCCAUUACUGGCGCACUAACUGGACAGCCUUGGAGAUUGGCCACCGUGGGCUGGGCAAAUCCCUGACGGUCACCACGAAUGCAGCUCCAUUGAUAGAGAACACAGUGGCCUCCAUGCUGGCCUCCGCCGAGAUGGGUGCCGAUCUCGUAGAGUUCGAUGUGCAGCUGACCAGCGACCUGGUGCCCAUCAUUCACCACGACUUCUCCAUACGCGUCUGCAUCGACUCCAAGACGCCGACCAGCCGGGCUGACCUGACCGAGGUGCUGCUAAAGGACAUAUCGUAUGAGCAGCUGAAGGAUUUGAAGACCUACCAAAUAGUGGGCAACAAGAUCGUCGAGUAUCCGGCACACAACAAUGUGGAGCCGCCGGAGCAGCGACUCUUUCCCACCCUGCAGGACUUCUUCGAGCGGGUGAAUCAGACCACGGGAUUCGACAUAGAGAUCAAGUGGCCGCAGCAGAAGGCGGAUGGAACGUACGAGAGUGUCCAGACGCUGGACAAGAACCUCUUCGCGGAUCGCAUCCUGGCGGUGGUGCGGCGAUAUGGUUGCGGACGGCUCAAUGUGAUCAAGAGCUUCGACGCCGACCUCUGCUCCCUGCUGCGCUUCAAGCAGCACAUGUACCCGGUGCUCUUCCUGUCCAGCAGCAAGGAGAACACCUUUACCGAUCCACGGACCAGCACCGUGGAGCAGAGCGUCAACUUUGCCCAGGCCCUCGAUCUGGGUGGCGUUUCCCCUAACGCCGUCUUUGUCAAGGCGAAUCCGGAAUUGGUCGAACGGGCCAGGGCUCAGGUGCCCAUCGUCCUGCUCUGGGGAUCAGACAUUAAGGAUCGCGACUCCAUCGAUUGGUUCCUGCAGCAGGGACCCACUGGUGUCAUCUAUGACCGGCUGGACGUGUGGCUGGGCGCCAACAGGACGAGUGCCUUUGCGGCAGAGCAGGAUCUGCCCGGAUACUUUCAGCUACAGUGCGAUCCGGCGCCCAAGGAGCGCGUGGUCAAUGCCACCAUCGAGAGCAUCCUGAGUAACGUUAACUUCCUGUAGUCCCAGAUUUCUGUAGAGAUAUAUACUACAUGCAAUAAACGAUCUAGAAAGUA